UGUCUCUUCAUUAUAAUGGCUCCGCCCCUGAACGUCUUACGUCAUCGCACUGGUCUAAUAAAAAGCCGCGCAGUACGUCCAGUCCGGCAGAAGCAGUGUCGACCUCCUUUCGGACCUUGGCGGGUUAUAUUUACCCAAAACUUAUUUUCAAAUGGGCCCCGUCGCCUAGCGUUUACCCCCCCAGCCUCGCCAACUGAGUUGAAUCGGGUGCUACGGAACAUCAGCACGUCUGGCUCGCUAAAGGGUUUCCAUCUUAAGUGUUCUGAGACCAACGAUAGCAGAAUGGCAGCUAUUCCAGCAGGCGGUUCUCUGGUGGCAACCACGGACUACUACCGAAGGCGCAUCGGCUCCACGUCCAGCAGCAGCUCAUGUGGCAGUUCGGAGUUCAGCGGAGAGGUCAUCCCUCACCAUCCAGGACUUCCUAAACAGGACUCUGGACACUGGUGGUCCAGUUUCUUCUUUGGGAAACAGCCGGGGAUGAGUCCGCUGACGGAGGAGGCCCAGCAGAAGGCGGGGGUCCAGGGGGCGGUGACCAACGGGCAGAUCACCUGCGUUGCCAGGGAGAUGGUGAUGCAACGGCAGGUGAGCGAGAGCAGUGACGCAGGAAGCCCCGCCUCCUCCUGAUCAGACUCAGCCCACGCCGCCACACCUGGGGAAUCAAACCAACGACCAACGCUAGGUGACGGGAGGACGUCCCGUUUCCAACUUUAGUAGUUUUGUUUUUUUGUUUUGGUUUUUUUAAUUCCUGGUAGUAAAGGCUGCCUUAACAGUUUUGUUUUGUAACCUUGUGUUUUGUAUCGACAGGCCAAAAUGUAAAAAAAAAACAAAAGAAGAAAAAAAGACCAUGAUGCAACUGAUAAGCUCCUUCUGUUUACUUUUGUAUUAACAUUUGUACCGUUGUGUAACACUGUGGUGCACACACAUCCAUGCCUUUGUUCAACGUUUUUCACUGAAAUAAAGUAGAAUCCUGCAGCCUA